UAUGCGCGCGUCCGCAAGCCACAAGUCCCGGUCCUUGAUAUCUCGGGCAUUGAGAAGUCUUCGUUCAGAUCGCUGAUGGACAAGAAGAGCGAGGGCGUCCGAAAGGGCCUGGCUAAGACCUUUGGCAAGAAGAAGAAGGAGCCCGAGACACGCUCCUCUACCGCAGCAUCAACCCACGAACAGUACGAGACGGAGCCGGCCUACUACGCUCCCCAUCCUGCUCCCCACCCUCCUGUGGUCAAGCCUAUUCAAACGCAGUAUGCUCACUAUCCCGAGCAACCAGAUUACAUGCGUCCAGGUCCACCUCUGGGCAAGCUUCCUCCGAUUCCCCAGGGUCCGCAAUUGAAGCGUUGGCUAGGAGGUGGCCGACCUGCACAGCCGUGGAACAAGCUUAGGAAGGAUCCCGAGUUGUGGGACGCCAACGGUGAUACCCUGAUCUACUUCAGUCACGGCGACCCUCACUCCCCUCGGCCCCUCCCAUCUUUCCGAAUUUCAUCACAUGUCCUUGAGGCCACCGAAUCCAGAUACUUCAUCAAUGCGCUCCGCGAGGGCUCUACUGAAGACACCAAUAGCUCCAUCCUCCCCCCAUCUCCCCUCAGUGAUCCGAGUAUGCGGCUGUCACACCCUAUGGCCACAAGCAGAUACAACCACGGGCAUCACACACCUCCUAUGUCCGAGAACAGCACGGUUUUCGAUGGACAGAUCUCGUACGAACUCUACUUCCCACCCCCCGCGCAUUUGAGCAAAACCGAUGCAAUCCGGCACCAAAUCGCCACUAGAAAUGUGCUUGCUAUUCUCUACCAGGUUUCCUUUGUCGGCAUCAAUCUCUUCCAAGCACUGAAUGAUGUGCAUGAGCGACUGGAGAGUUACAUGCCACCCGAAACAGAUGUAGCUGCGAUGAUCAUCGAUUACGUCGUCGGCAAGGGGAUGGACGACGUUCGUGAGAGCCCGGCCAUAGCUGCUUCCAUGCUUGCGUGGAGUGAAGGGGAGGCUAUACGUUGGGAGGGAGGAUGGAGAGAGGCUUUCGUCCACAGCGUUGGCAUGUACAGCAAGGUCGAAUCGGCCCCGGAUUUCCGCUUCGUUACACCCAUUACCAGAGCGCUCCUGGAGAGGGCGAGUCUUGAAUUAGAAGUUCGAAUUCAGAACUGCGAGGCUCGUCUUGUAGACUUUGACUUCGGAGACAUGUGGCCCAUGAUGCCAGUCACCCCAUCGGAUGCACGCAAGAGCUUUGAGAAUCUUCGAAAGUUUUUCCUGCAAUACUACCAGAACAUAGCCGGCUCUUGGCCACCGCCAGCCCCUGCCGGAGAGGAGCAAUGGCUCACACGGGAGUGGACUCGAAAGUUGCAAGAGGACUUUGGCGCGUUGUACAACUUCUUUGUCAAUCGAGAGGUCCGAUGGGAGUCUACUGAGGCGAGCGCUGGUCGGAAGUGGAACAUUGUCCACGAUGGAAAUCGAUCAUUCGAUGCCGACACCCCCGGCCUUCCAUUUACGGAUAUCCUUGUUGGUUUCGACAACCGAAACAAAUACCCGCAUAUCCCUCACCCGUACCCCCUCGUUCCCGAAUCGAUGCCGCCGAUUGAUGACAAGAUGGCGGAGAGACGCGCAGCUCUGGCUUACACAGAAUCGACCAAUAUAUAUCUCCUAGGGUCUGAUUUCGUCCCCAAUGAUCUGGUUGACCAAUUUGUUAAGUUCGAGAAGACGGACAAGGCAGCAGAGUCUGAUCCGUUUGAAGCUCGACGCGGCCGAUGGAUUCUGAUCUACGGGAUCCUUCAGACACUUGCCACCAUCUCGGUUGAUACUCCGGAUCUGCGCUACACCAAGGAGGUCUCCUAUCACCUCAACCCUCGCCUUAAAGGGACCCCCCCGUGGCUGGGUGCCACGUCGAAUCUGGGAGAGGCUAGCCACACUAGCAGCUAUUGCUGGACCAUUCCCACAACCUGGUCCAAAGGCAGUUCU